CUUAUUUGACAUCUUCGUUUUCGCUUCGCGCAACAGUUCGUUCGCUUCGCGCAACAGUUCGUGAAAAUGGCCCUCGACCUGACUCUGAACGAAGAUGCGUACAUCACGCUUCUGCGCAAGAUCAUGACCGUCUCGGAAAGAGUGCAAAACGCGCCAGGUCUUGGCCUCAUUCCCCAAGAAGAUCUCGUGUCCGACAUCGUGUUGGAAGAGCUCAAGCCAUAUCUCAAGCAACAAGGGGGUCCCAUCGAAGCUCAGCGCAUUGCAUUCAAGGAAGGACGAGGACAUCUCAUCCUCAAGUACGCGGGCACGUCCAAGGCCGACGAAACGAUCAACUUUGUCGGGUCGCACAUGGACGUCGUGCCCGCCAACCCCGAAGGAUGGGAGCGCGAUCCGUUCACGUUGAGCGUGGAAGGCGACAAGUUGUACGGGCGCGGAACUACCGAUUGCUUGGGCCACGUCGCUCUUGUCACACAAUUGUUUGUGGAACUGGCCAAGCACAAAGUUGUGACCCAAAAGACCGUGACGGCGGUGAUGAUUGCGUCGGAAGAAAACGGCGAAAUCGCCGGCGUCGGCGUCGAAACGUUGAUGGAAACGGGCAAAAUCGACUUUUUGAAGAACGGCCCCGUGCUGUGGGUUGAUUGCUCCGACAGCCAGCCGUGCAUCGGCACAGCUGGUGCGUUGACGUGGUCGAUCAAGGCGACGGGGAAGCUCUUCCACAGCGGACUGCCGCAUCUUGGCAUGAAUGCGCUGGAACUCGCGAUGGACGCGAUCAAAGUGAUCCAAGACCGCUUUUACAAGGACUUCCCAGCCCAUGAAGGCGAAAUCCCAUACAACUUUGCAUGUGGGUCGACCAUGAAGCCCACCAAGAUUGAAAGUUCCACCAACGGCAUCAACCAAAUCCCUCCGUGGACCAAGAUUUCGGGCGACGUCCGACUGUCGCCGUUCUACGAAAUGCAAGACGUCCGUGACAAGCUGCAAUCGUACGUGAACGACUUGAACGCCAACAUUUCGUCGCUCGAGUCGCGCGGUCCCCACUCCAAGUACACUUUGCCCAAGGAGAACUUGGUCGGGACGAUCGAGUUGACGCUGGCCCAGAACGCACUCGAAGGCAUCGCGUGCUCCCUCGACUCGAUCGGCUUCAAGUCUUUCCACGAAGCGACCAAGUUCGUCAAGGGCGUGAGUGUGCCGUACGCGAUCAUGGGCAGUCUGCCGCUGGUGCGCGACCUCCAGCGCGCCGGCCUCGACUUGACCCUCACCGGGUUUGGCAAGAGUUCCGUGUACCAUGGCGACAACGAGUACUGCUUGCUCAGCGAUAUGAAGGAUGGCCUGCGCAUCCUCAACCGAUUCAUUCACAACGUCGACUUGGCUUAACCUUGGUCAUGUUCACAGUGCAAUAACUGUGCUAAUAUGUAGACCACCCAAUCAAAGCAAAGGGUGACUGUAUUAGACUACUCAUAACGUCGUGGUCGUGGUCGUCAAGGGAGUGGUGGAGAUGCCGACGCAGCAACGACCGUCGAGAGCGGUCGACGGGGGUCUUGCGGCCGGGCUUUGGGUUGCAGAGGACGGGAUGGGACAACACUCACAAGCGGAAUCCGUCGCUUGGCUUUCUUCGGAGGUAGAUCCGAUAUGUCGGGGGGGGGCUGGUUACGUACGAAGGCGACAUUGGCGUCCGCGUCGGGAGGCCGACCGACUGUGUUGGUUGGACUGACACUAUGGGGCUUAACACUGGUGGCGUUGAUAGCCACGGCCGGACUUGCCGACGGAAGCGUUCCACACACCUCGACAACUUCAUCUUCGUCGUCAUUGUCGCUUGUAAGAUCAAUGGUCGCUUCCUCUGGACAAGUCGCCGCCGCCGCCGUGUCAUCGUGAUGGAUUUCGUGGCCGUUGGCUUCGAUCGACGUGUCGGGUGGACUGGCCUCAUCGUGCACCGCACUUUUACACGGAGAGGACGACGCCGCGCCGAUUGAAGAGGCAGCCGCCGCCGCCUGCGUGCGCUCGAGCUCUUCGGCUUUGGCUUGCUCGGUCGUGUAAUGCUGAAACAACUUGUGCAAAUCAGACUCGAGGGUGGUUUGGAACCCGUUGGCGGCUUCGAUGGCGCGGGUGGCCGCGACGAAAUCCGCGUCGAACGCCGCCGUGUGAAUGUCCAGGAACUUCUUCCAUCCGUCCAGAAUCGUCUGCUUGACGUGGGACGCGUCGGGUACAACGUCCGGCAGCGUUCCGCUGUCCACCAUGUCGUCGUCGGCGUCGUCGUCGUCGAGUCGGGACGGCGACAGGUGGCUCGCGGGGGGUAAACUGUCCGCAGAGGAUGUCGGGUCCGGCUCGUCCUUGACGUGAAACGCGCCAAAUACAUGCGAUGUCGUGGCCAAAUCGGCCUCGGUGAGCUCGCUGUCGUCGAUCAGGUCGUCGUCUGCACACUGGAGACACCCCGUUUGGUUGCCGUCGUGGGCGUCGGCACAAGAGCGAUGGUAGAUACCUUCGCAGUCGGGGCAUUGCACGCGCAUGGACCUGCCGCCGUUGGGCGCGCUGCGGCUCUCGCAGAUGAAGCACGGCUCGUCGGGGACCGCAGGGUGCUGCCGCCGCCGUCUGUUUCUGGCUCCGUACUCCUCGUCCUCGGUGGCACUGCCGUCGCUGUGUGCGAGGUCGAUCAAGUUGUCGGCGUCAUUGUCGUCAGCGUCGUUAGCGCUGCUCUCGUAUUCGCUUGCAGCAUAGUCCUCGGGGUUUUGAAUGUAAUGCAACAAGGCAGGGUCGAUCGCACCUUGGUACGCUGAUGCAGGCUUCUUGGACGAUGCCUUCUUCUUGGUUGGCGUGGUCGAUGUAACGAUUGGACGCUUCUUGCCCCUGCCAUGGGACGUAUGGUUUGUGAUGAUGGUGGUCGAUUCCGGGACGGAGGUCGAUGAUGCACCUGCAGGUACAGCACUCGCGGGUACCAAUGGAGUGGAAAUGGGAAAAUCGUUGAUUCGGAAGCGAUACCGUGCAAACGUCCUUGAUCGGAGAAUGUUACGGUUGUCAACUUGCGCGCGAAAUACUCCAUCGCCAUCGGUAGCUAGGACACGGAGGUCGUCCGUGCGAAGAUCGUCCGACAACUCUUCGUCCGAAGACGCGUCCAUAUCGUCGUCGCUGAUCUCCUCGGCGUUUUCGAUUUGCUGGAGUCGUAGCUGUUCCCGUUCUUCGUCGGAUGACAGGACUUCCACGAUGUCAACUGCUUGAGCGAUGUUCUUCCGCGAUCGCAUGGUGGUUCGGGUCGCAUCGAGACUCAAGGACAGGGUGAUGGUACAUCGCUCGCAAUACUUGGCUCCGGCGCCGAAGAUGGGAACUUCGCAUCCCAUGCAUUUUGAAUUCCCUCGUCGGCGCAUGCGGGCGGGCACUUCCAACGUUUCCUGCCCAAAUGACAAUAUUCCCGCCACCUCGAGUUAAACGUAC